GCUACACCUCUUCCUACUGUUCUGCCUCAAUCACUGUCUGUGGAAAAGGGCUAUUACUUACUGCAAACGGAGGAUUCAGAACCCAGAAGAAAAGGAGGGAAAGAAAGCGAGAAAGAAAGUGUGUGUAAGAGAAAGAAGAACUAAAGCAACAACUGGACAAGAGGAACAAACUGACCGCCUUCCCUGUUUUAAAAGAAGGAAAGGAAAACGGAAGGCACUGGAGUAUUUGUUUUUUUCUUUCGUUUUAUUUUUUUCUUUUUUCUCAUCGUUGUGCUGGGAGGCACAUCAUCUUUUCAUUUGUUUGCUCUCUCCAUCAUUUGCCUCUUGAUCUAUUUCUCCAUCUAUAUGGUGUAUAAUUUUGUCUAUUAAUGACAAGACAGGAGAGAAGAGAGAGAAGGGGCAAGUUUUUUUUACUCUUUCCGUCCUUUGCCUAUUACCCCUUCAUUUCUUCACCUCUCCUCCAAUCCUUCCCUCCUCCUCCUCCUUCCUCCCAUCCAUCCGUUCCUCCCACUCCCAUCAAGUGUGAUGCUCUCUGAAUGAAAGUUUAUUGGAAUUUCGAAAGAGAUGCAAAAACCAUCUCCACACCUCCUUAUGAGUUUUUAAUUAUUCCUUUUCUUUCUCUCUUUUUUUAAGCAGUUCUUUUAGUCCUCCACCAUCUAUCCUUAUGCAUCACUCUUUUUUCCCUGGAUGCUUUAAUAUUCCUCUAGUGUUACGAAAAGGAUCCAACAAAAGACGUGACUGGAUAUCUGAACCAGUGAUGUUUUGAAAACAUCCAAGUACAUCACCUGUCCUUGAUUGUUUGUCCUCUCGCUGCUGGACUCUAUCAAGCAAUUUUGUGGACAUGUUUGCAGAUGAAUAUGAACUUUUAAGCUUAACUAGAAACACACUUUAUCAUCAUCUUUUUGCCAACUUCUUAUGAUUUAUUACUUUUCGUAGCUGAUGUAGGCCCGACAGUUGUCCUGAUCCAUUUUAAAUUUGACAUUUUCUGAUUUGUAAGUUUCUUUGAGUGACUAAAUAACAAUCCCACAUUUCAAACAUUUAAAAUCUCAUUUGUCGUUUUGUUUUAUUUUUUCAAUUGUAAACCAGGAUUUUUUCUUAUUAGUUUUGAUAUAAAAUUCCCUCUGCUGCAUCAUCCAGUCUGGAUUUACAGUAGGGACUAAAACUUUCGACUACCAUCUUUAUCUGACAGUCAUCUGUCUCGUCAGCCUUUCUUCUUACUACCAAUUCCUCAUCUAUUUCAACGGUCAGUCACUCCUUCAUCCAGGGCUAUGAGAGGAAGAGAUAAAACCAAGCUCACAUCAUCAUGCUGGAGUUGAGGAGAGAAAAUGGGAGUUGGGCUGGCAAUGUUCAAGGGACUGUAUCUUCACUCCUCCGCCAUGCUUGUCAGCCUCUACGUCUCCUCUUUCCCCUCCGAUCGCCGGAUCCUGUCUUUUGUCUCCCUUACUUCCUCCAAACCACCCCUUUCCUUCUCACUCCUGCUCCUUUCUCUCCUCUUCUUACCUACCUGCGAGUCUCGCCGUGGAGGCGGGAUUGGGACACCAGUCGGGGGCAUGAGCGGCGGCGACCGUGGCGUAUCAAUAAUCAGCCCUCCUCAUUAUCCUCCACCCGGAGUCAGUCCAGUGGCUCCUCCGUUGCCACCAAAGUUUGCUCAAGGCCUUAGCAUUGCGGUGAUCCUUGUGGGAAACUCAAGCGAGGUCUCUCUCUCUGAAGGUGUGGAAAAAGAGGACUUUCUACAUGUCCCUCUCCCUCCUAAAGUAGAACUGGUCACAAUGAACGAAACGGACCCCAAGAGCAUCAUAAACCGCAUCUGUGCUCUAAUGUCACGGAACUGGCUCCAGGGUGUGGUGUUUGGGGACGAUACCGAUCAAGAGGCCAUCGCCCAGAUAUUGGACUUCAUCUCGGCCCAGACGCACAUCCCGAUUCUGGGUAUCCGUGGAGGCUCUUCCAUGAUUAUGGCCGCCAAGGAUGACCAUUCCAUGUUCUUCCAGUUUGGUCCCUCUAUAGAGCAGCAAGCCUCUGUUAUGCUUAACAUCAUGGAGGAAUAUGAUUGGUACAUAUUCUCCAUCGUCACCACCUACUACCCUGGAUACCAGGACUUUGUCAAUCGGAUCCGGAGUACCGUCGAGAACAGUUUUGUCGGCUGGGAGCUGGAAGAGGUGUUGCUGCUGGACAUGUCGGUGGAUGACGGCGACUCAAAGAUCCAGAACCAGAUGAAAAAGCUUCAAAGUCCUGUUAUACUCCUGUACUGCACUAAAGAAGAAGCCACAACAAUUUUUGAAGUGGCACAUUCUGUGGGUCUCACAGGUUACGGGUACACCUGGAUCGUACCUUCGCUGGUAACAGGGGAUGCAGAUAAUAUACCCAGCGUCUUUCCAACAGGUUUGAUCUCUGUGUCCUACGAUGAGUGGGACUACGGUCUGGAGGCUCGAGUGCGUGAUGCUGUAGCCAUAAUUGCCAUGGCAACCUCUACAAUGAUGCUUGAUCGGGGUCCUCACACGCUGCUUAAGUCUGGAUGCCACGGUACACCUGACAAGAAAGGCAGCAAGUCGGGAAACCCCAACGAGGUGCUGAGGUAUCUCAUGAAUGUGACGUUUGAAGGGCGUAACCUCUCCUUCAGUGAAGAUGGUUUUCAGAUGCACCCGAAGUUGGUCAUUAUUCUGUUAGAUAAGGAGAGGCAAUAUGACCGGGUAGGGAAAUGGGAGAACGGCUCUCUAAGUAUGAAGUACCACGUGUGGCCUCGGUUUGAGCUCUACUCGGACGCAGAAGAACGUGAGGAUGACCACCUGUCCAUUGUUACGCUGGAGGAGGCUCCGUUUGUUAUUGUGGAGGAUGUUGACCCUCUCAGUGGCACCUGCAUGAGGAAUACAGUACCCUGUAGAAAGCAGCUUAAACUCCAAAAUCAGACUGGAGAUUCAGGGAUCUAUAUUAAACGCUGUUGCAAGGGCUUCUGUAUAGACAUCCUCAAAAAGAUCGCCAAGUCUGUCAAAUUCACCUAUGAUCUCUACCUGGUGACCAAUGGGAAGCAUGGCAAGAAGAUCAAUGGGACAUGGAAUGGAAUGGUUGGUGAGGUGGUGCUUAAGAAUGCCCACAUGGCGGUUGGGUCCCUGACCAUAAAUGAAGAGAGAUCAGAGGUCAUUGACUUCUCCGUGCCCUUCAUAGAGACAGGAAUUAGUGUCAUGGUCUCUCGUAGCAAUGGCACGGUGUCCCCUUCUGCCUUUUUAGAGCCCUUCAGCGCUGAUGUCUGGGUAAUGAUGUUCGUUAUGCUGUUGAUAGUUUCAGCCGUAGCAGUCUUCAUCUUUGAAUACUUCAGUCCUGUUGGCUAUAAUCGCUGCUUGGCGGACGGGCGAGAGCCUGGUGGUCCAUCCUUCACUAUCGGAAAAGCUAUUUGGCUACUUUGGGGUUUGGUCUUCAAUAACUCUGUGCCCGUGCAGAACCCCAAAGGCACCACGAGUAAGAUCAUGGUAUCGGUGUGGGCCUUCUUUGCUGUAAUAUUCCUGGCCAGCUACACAGCCAACCUGGCUGCAUUUAUGAUCCAAGAAGAGUAUGUGGACCAAGUGACUGGCCUGAGUGACAAAAAGUUUCAACAUCCGAAUGACUACACCCCUCCUUUCCGUUUUGGCACCGUGCCGAACGGAAGUACGGAGAGAAACAUUAGGAACAACUACAAAGAGAUGCACGCCUAUAUGACCAGCUUCCACCAGAAAAAUGUGAACGAUGCCCUUCAAAGCCUGAAGACUGGUAAACUGGAUGCAUUUAUCUAUGAUGCAGCAGUCUUGAACUACAUGGCUGGCCGUGAUGAGGGCUGUAAACUGGUGACCAUUGGUAGCGGAUACAUCUUUGCCACCACAGGGUAUGGCAUUGCCAUUCAGAAAGACUCGGGGUGGAAAAGGGCAGUGGACCUUGCCAUUUUACAGCUCUUUGGAGAUGGUGAAAUGGAGGAACUGGAAGCCCUGUGGCUGACUGGCAUCUGCCACAAUGAGAAAAAUGAGGUGAUGAGCAGUCAGUUGGACGUAGACAACAUGGCAGGUGUAUUCUACAUGCUGGGGGCUGCUAUGGCCCUGUCCCUCAUCACAUUCAUUGCAGAGCAUCUGUUCUACUGGCAACUGAGAUUCUGCUUCAUGGGUGUGUGCACCGGCAAGCCCGGCAUCACCUUCUCCAUCAGCAGGGGCAUCUACAGUUGCAUCCAUGGUGUUCAAAUCGAAGAGAACAAAUCGGCACUUAAUUCACCAUCAGCCACUAUGAACAUGAAUAUGAACAACACGCACUCCAACAUUCUCCGCCUGUUGCGUACUGCCAAGAACAUGACCUCUGUGCCUGGGGUCAACGGUUCACCCCACAGCGCAUUGGACUAUAGCCAUCGUGAGUCCGCCGUUUAUGACAUCAGUGAACACCGGCGUAGCCUAGCAGGCCACUCUGACUGCAAGCCUCCACCACCUUACCUGCCAGAGGACAACAUGUUCAGCGACUAUGUAAGCGAGGUGGAGAGGACUUUUGGGAAUUUGCACCUGAAGGACAGCAACCUGUACCAGGAUCAUUACCUACAUCACCAUGGGGGCACGGGAUCCGAACUGGCUCUUGGUAUGUCGGGUCCCCUGCCUAACCGACCACGUAGUUUAGGAAGUGCCAGUUCAUUGGAGGGUGGGUACGAUUGUGACAGCUUAGGGGGAGGGGUAGCGCCCAUCUUCACCACCCAGCCACGCCAGUCGCUGACACACCGGAACAGGGAAAAGUUUGACCUGAUUGCAGGUCACCCAACCCAGUCAAGCUUCAAGUCCGGCCUGCCAGAUCUGUACGGGAAGUUCUCCUUCAAGGGUGGGGCAUCCAGUUCAGGGUUUAUUCCAGGACAUGACAGGUACUGCGGGGGAGGUGGGGUGGGAUCGGGAGGCGAUGAUGGAAACAUACGUUCUGAUGUGUCCGAUAUUUCGACUCACACCGUAACCUACGGGAACCUUGAAGGGCACGGCAAACGGCGCAAACAGUACAGGGACAGCCUGAAAAAGAGACCUGCUUCGGCCAAGUCUCGGCGUGAGCAGGAUGAGAUUGAGCUUGGCUUCAGAAGACGCCCCCACCACACUAUCCAUCAUCAUCAUCACCACCACCAUCCAGCGACACAAGCACAUCGCUCAGCCACACCGCCUGUGGAGCGCAAGAGUCAGAGAAGUGGUAACUGCACCCCUUAUUUAUUCAGAGACAAAGAGAAUUUGAGGGACUUCUAUGUGGACCAGUUUCGAGCCAAGGAAGGGGCAUCCCCAUGGGAGCACUUGGAUUUAGGUGAUGUUCCAGGAAUAGGAGGGGGUGGUUGCGGUGGAGUAGUUAGUGGUGGUGGUGGUGGUGGUGGGGGAGCGUGCACUAGCUUGGUUCCCAUGGAAGAUUUCCUAAAAGGUAAAUCCAAAAAGACAGAGUGUAAGGGUGGAAUGGGAGGAGGAUCACCUGGGCAACAGGGCCAUGCAUGCUGGGAAAAGGGCAUUGGAGGGGUCGGCGGGUUAGCUGGAGGGGAUUGGGAAUGUCGGAAUUGCCACAGCGGAGGGGUUGGGGGUGGAGGAAGCAAGCCAGUUUGCAUGCAUGGGGGAGGUGGGGGUGGGGGUUACCCAACUGCUGGGGUACCAAGCGGAGGAGGUGGAGGGAGUGGGCAAAUCUCAAGCCGUCCUAGUUCAGCCUCCUGCAAGCGAUGCGAUUCGUGCAAGAAACCAGGCAACUUGUAUGACAUCAGUGAGGACAACCACCUCCUCUUGGAUCAAAUUGGGGGCCAGCGCCCUCUGGAGAGCGGAAAGGGAGGGGGAGGCACAGGGGCCCAAACCCAGGUACAGAGGCGGAAAUUUGGCCCAGGUGGUAAGGUUUUGCGCAGGCAGCAUUCUUAUGAUACAUUUGUAGAGCUGCAGAAGGAAGGGGCAAGCAGAAUGGGUGGGUUUGGAGGUGGUGGUGGUGCAUCAAUGCUUCCUCCACCCCGAAGUGUGAGCCUAAAAGACAAAGACCGGUACAUGGAGGGCACGAGCCCCUACGCCCAGAUGUUUGAGCAGUACGCGGGAGGGGAUCAGGAGACGAGCUAUUUUGGUGCGGGGGACAGAGGAAAGGGUGGGGGUUCAUCAUUUAGCUUAUUCCGUGGGGGUGAAGGUGGGUUGCAUCGUCGCUCCGUGGGUGAGAGAGACAUGAGGGACAGGGAUAGAGGCAUGAUGGGAGGAGGUGUGGGCGGUACCCGAGGGGUCGGGACUUACUCCUUGUCUAAAUCUCUCUACCCAGAUAAGGUGAACCAGAACCCAUUCAUCCCAACCUUCGGCGACGACCAGUGUCUAUUACACGGCGCCAAAUCAUACUACAUCAAAAAGCAGCAGGCACAGCAGCAACAGACGCCACAACAGCAGCAGCAGCAGCUCCUCAACAACAGUCGGGCUGACUUCCGCGGCUCCAUGGGGGUGACUUCCUAUUUGCCUGCCUCUGCCACUUCUGGGGUGUUGUCCAAUGUGGCCCCUCGGUUCCCCAAAGAGCUAUGUCUGGGCGGGCCUCUUGGCAACCACCACGGUGGAGGACCUAGCAACAACAAGCUGCUGUCAGCAAGGGAUGGGUUAGGAAUGGGACAAGGACAGAGACCGUUUAACGGCUCAAGCAACGGACAUGUUUAUGAGAAGCUUUCCAGUAUAGAGUCUGAUGUCUGAAGAGAGGAGAUAUAUAUGUACGAAAGAACGGACAUGUGAACAAGAGAGAAACAUGAAAAGGCAGUGUGUAAUUAGUACCUUCAUGCUUGAAAAGGAAGAGGAAACUGUGUUUAAGGAACUGACUCAUGCUUUAAUUAAGUGGAUGAUGCGCUGUCAAGCAUGCGUAUGUAUAUAGAGAGAGGGGACCUGCCCACUGUUGAAAAGUUGAGAUUAGGGGAAAAACCUGUUGAUUCCUCUUUUAUUCUCCUUUUUUUUUGUAAAUCCCACCACGUCCCUGCUCCUGUCAUUAAAACAGUGGCCAAUGCACAGAUUGCAGAUGGGACAACUGUGUACAAUCCUUUGUACAAUCGUGGAUGGAAAUCAAUUACCGUUUUAAACAACAGGGUAAAACUUACAAUAAUUGUAUUGAUAAUGUUCUUGAUAAUAAUAUUAUUAUAUAUUAUUACACUGUUUAUGAUGUUCCAUUUGGGCUUGGUUUAUGGGUGUUUUAUGCUGUUGCAUAUUUGUACUGUAGUUUAAGUUAUUAGUUAACAAACCACUUUGCAGGAGGCUUAUUUGAUUUGUUUAUUGAGCUUAUUUGAUUGUCAGUUGAGUUGUAGACAAACCAUAAGGUUCUUUAUUAUUGAUUAUUCAAGUUUAUUUUACCAGUAUGGAGUGCUGUAAAAUGUGUGAAAAAGGCAUGAUUUGCAAAGUACUUCAGCUGUACUUAAGGAAAUGUAUUAUUGUAUUCUUAUUUUAUACUUUUUUUUUUUUUCGUUUGUCAGAACAAUAUUGGUUUAAUACACAGCACGUUAUGUGCCUUACCAAGACUUACAGUAUACCAGAUUUACAGGUCAUAUUGCCAUGGUAACUUUCUGGUCACUGCACACAGAUUUGUCAUAGGGUGAAUCAUAUUAUUCACGAUCUGUCCUUUUAAUGACAUAAGCACUGAUAAGGAAUAUCCAGCAUUAAAUAGACACGCACUUGCCUGAAUGCAUUCAUAGCGUACUGUAGUAUUAAUACAAAACUACGAUUAAAAGAAAAUAAUGAUCAAUCAAACAUGUUUUAAGGUUUUGCACAACAUAACAGUACACUUUUAAUACUCAAAGUUAUGCUCAUAUUAUGACAACCAAAAUCCGUUGAUUCAUUUUUUGUCCCCCAUCUCUCCAAAGAAUUCUUUGAUCAAUCGGCAAAAUAAAACCAGGGUUGUGAUUUGUUUCUGAACGCAGUUAGCAUACGCGCAUCUGUACUUUCCUUAGGCUGAUAUCAGUCAGCAGGUUGUGCAAUGUAUGACGAAAUCAUUUUAUUUCAAUAUUUGAUGUAAAUAUUCAAUUGUUUUCGAUCUAUACAUUAAAUAGACAGAAAGGAUGUAACUUUUCAGGUCUACGUUUUACCACAUAGGCCUAGGUUAGAUGCUAUUUUAAAAAUUAGUCUGUAAUUUUGCUGGAAUUAAAAUGAUCCGUAAAAUGUUUCAAUACCCACUUGAAGGAAGUUGAGGUAUUUCUCAGGAAUUUUGGUGGGGCAAAACAAACAUAUCAUUUAACUAAAUCGCCCGAAUCAAUAAACCAAUAAACUCAUUUAAUUGGACAACCGAGGGUUGCAAAUAUUUUCCAAAUUGUUUCCACUAAUGGCAGGGCUGUCUAAAGAAAGGAUCUCUCUUUGAACGUUUGGCCCACAGCUUAGAGAAAAUCCUUUACUUGAAGUUUGUUGUGUUUAUUGCAGAUUUCUUUUCUACGUUUUCUUCGUGAAUGAACUGUUAGCCAAACAGGUUUCCACUUUAAGCACAAUAUUUAUAAUAUUUGGUUUUUAAUUGAUGUAUCGCUAUCGAUUUGUGAACUUCUACCUUAACUUUUUGCCACAUUCUUUUACGACUCUGUCGUCUUUGUGUGAAAGUUUGUGUUUGAAGAGCCUGCAUGUAUUUUACUUAUUUAUGACCAUAUUUUUAGCGUUUCAUACUUUUACGUCAAUUUAGAGAAGAUGCCUGCUCGUUGUUGGUGCAAUAUGUUCAUGUGCAUCAUACAGGGUCAGGGUGAUACAGUAGCUGUGAUUCUAAUUAAAUGACGAGAUGUUUGAAAUACAAGGCAACACCUUUAUGUUUAACUUUUGCAAACCCCAAAUUUGGGGAGUUACAGGAAUAUUGACAUUAUCAGUUUUAAAUAACCAUGUAUUUUCAGUUGAUCUCACAAAUCUUUAUUUGCAUGGUACCAUGUUUUUGUAAAAUACCUUUGAAUUUUUUUCUUUUAAAGAUUUAAGAACAGACCAUUGCAUUUCAUAUACUGUCCAUCUCUGUACAGGAGAAUCAGGCAGAGUUUAAAAACAUGGUCAAAAUAUGUACCCCAGCUGUUACACUUUCUGAGUUCAUAAUAAUAAUAAUACAUAAAUUAGAACCAAAUAUAUACGUUGGUAUAUCUAGGAUAAAAGGUACUGCCUCGGUGACGGCUGGGGUUCAUAUUUUGACCAUUUUUUCUAACAGUGUAAUACUACAGAGUUAUUGUAUGUGUGUGAGUAUCAAAGACGAUUGCCUUUGCUCUUCCUUAAACGCUUUCCAGUUUUCUAUUCCAUUUAAUUUGGAUUCACACUUUAAAGAUGUGGCCUUGUGAUAGCACCCUAACAUUAUCUGAUGAACAAUGUGAAGCAACAUUUGCAGCGGAAGAUACAAGAGGCAGAUAAAGAUGGGCACAAGAAAGGAGGGAACUAUAGUAGCCAAUGUACUGUCUGUUAUUUUAAUGUUUUGAUUCUUAUUCAUUCUCGUUUUCGCAAAUCUUUUUCUUAAUGAAUGGUAGGAUAAGACUGGAGUAUUUUGACUGUUUUAUUUGCUUGUCAUUUAGGCCCUCAUGUACCCUUCCCAGUAUGAUGUGUCAAAUUUGAUUGUACGUGUAUCUGAAUUCAUAUGCUUGAUUACCUCUGGUGCGAGCUGGCAUGUGUGCGCAGGUGUUUGUGUGCGUGUGCACAUUUGUCCUUUUUUCUGUGUGUGUGUGUGAAAAGGAAACAGAGCACAGUGCAAUGUUUAUCUAUUGUUAUGUUAUGUCUGCUGUAAAUAAUUAUGUCCCCCUUUCCACAGCCUUUUAAUAUAUGGUGACAAAUAUUUAAAAUAUUGAAAUUUGAGAUACAUUUUUGUCUGGAAGAUUUUUUAUAGCCAAAUGGGGAAAACGUUAUUAAUCCAGUGCACCAGGAACACAGUGCCAUUCUGAUCUGAGAAUCAGAAUUUAAGACAAAAUUGACAUCUUUGUCGUCUUUAAUUCUGUCUUUCUUGUAAUCUGUGGUUUUAACCACUUAUUUUAAAUGUUACUUACGGUUCGCAAUUGUACAGAUUCUGUAAAUAUGACAAAAUCAUUUUCUUUUUUUUCUGUUUUUGUAUAGAGAGAGAUUACAUGUGUUAAGACUACAAUAAUUUAAUGAGACAUUUCACAAUACUUAAGCUAUUGAGAAUACAGACACAGUGUGAAAAUAAGUGCUAAGAUAUAUUCUUCUGUCUCUUUGUACAAAACAGUGUUGACUAAUAACAAAAUAAAAGGGAGAGAUCUCAA